CCAGACAGAAGUUGUCUGAACAGAAAGAGAAAAAAACAAGGAAGCACUCAGGUGUGUGAGUCAGUGAUAGUCUUUAUGUAAAGAAGAACAAGAAACAAACAUUUACAUUGAACAGGUUUUCAAGAUGGAUGUCCAAGAGAGCUCCCCAGCAGUUAUGGGGUUGCUGAAAACGUUUGACUCAUCUGAGUUUGGGAGUUGGGAGAAGAUAGGCUCCGGUGGUUUUGGACAAGUGUACAAAGUGCGGCAUGUACAGUGGAAAACAUGGCUGGCUAUUAAGUGCCCUCCCAGUCUGCAUGUGGAUGAAAAGGAACGUGCUGAGCUCCUCGAAGAGGCCAAUAAAAUGGAAGCAGCAAAGUUCCGCUACAUCCUGCCUGUAUAUGGAAUCUGCAGUGACCCAUUGGGCCUGGUGAUGGAGUACAUGGAGACAGGUUCUCUGGAGACACUGUUGGCAGCAGAGCCUUUGCCGUGGGUGCUGCGUUUCCGUAUUAUCCACGAGACAGCAGUGGGCAUGAACUUUCUUCACUGCAUGAAUCCACCGCUGCUUCAUUUGGACCUGAAGCCUGCCAACAUACUGCUGGAUGCCCACCACCAUGUUAAAAUCUCAGACUUUGGCCUGGCCAGAUGGAACGGGUUUGCCAGGCAUGAUGACAUCAGUCGUGAUGGAUUCUGUGGCACUAUCGCCUACCUGCCUCCUGAAAGGAUCAUUGAGAAGGAAAGAGUCUCUGAUACCAAGCAUGAUGUGUACAGCUUCUCGAUUGUUAUCUGGGGAAUUCUCACACAGAAAAAGCCAUAUCAAGGGGAGAACAACAUUCUGCACAUCAUGGUGAAGGUUGUGAAAGGGGUUCGUCCAGACCUGAGCUCUGUGCCCCGCAGUCGACCCCAGGCAUGCUCAGGCUUUAUAGCCCUCAUGCAGAAAUGCUGGAGUGGAUCUCCUGAUGCCAGGCCAAGCUUCCAGGAUAUUACAUCUGAGGCUGAGGAGCUGUGUCUCAAACCCCAUGAUGAAUCCAGAGGUUCGUUGUCUGAGCCAGACUCCUCACCUUGUCCAGCUCCAGCAAGCUCUGAACAGAUUAAAGAGCAAAAGCCAGUGAGGCCGAAGUCAGCAAUGUUACCAGAGAAGGACUACAGCCUAUCUGAGCUACUCAGUCAAAUCGACUCAGGGAUAUCUCGCAGCUUUGACCAUGUUAAAGAGGACUGUCUGGAGAGCAAGGACAACACCAGUAAGAGACUGUCAGGAAUCUCUUCUGUGGACUCAGCCUUCUCAUCCCAAGGCUCUAUCACACUCUCCUUUGAAAGGGAGAAUUCAGUCAACGAUUCAAGUGAGCUACAGAAAAAGAAGCUGUGUGAAGCUAUUCGCACUGAGGACACAGCAAAACUAAUGAAGCUUCUGCAGCCACAGGAUGUGGAACUCCGUCUAGAAGGUGGUGGUGGCCUACUUCACUAUGCUGCAACAUUGGGCAAUGAGGAGGCUGUGAAAUUUCUUCUUCUCAACAACUGCAGUGCUAAUCUGGCUGACUGGCGUGGUGCCACACCUCUGCAUGUGGCUGCAGAAAAACAUCUUCGAGGUGUCGCUGAGAUCUUGCUGAGCCGCAAAGGAACUGAUGUGAACGCUAAAGAUGAAGACCAGUACACAGCCCUGCAUUUUGCCGCUCAGAACGGCGAUGAGGCCCUGGCACGUCUGCUUCUGGAGCGACGGGCAUCAGCCAGUGAGGCAGACACACAGGGACGUACAGCAGCCCAUGUGGCAUGUCAGCAUGGGUGUGAGGGCGUUCUGCGUGUGCUCUUGAGUCGAGGUGCCGUCGAUGCCCAUUCCACUGCCAAGGAUGGGUGGACACCAUUGCAUCUGGCUGCCUGGCGCGGCCAUUCCACCAUCUCCAAGUUGCUAGCUAAGCAGGCAGGUGCUGAUGUAGACGCAGCAACUGCCGAUGGCCGCACACCACUACACCUGGCAGCUCAAACAGGCCGAUACAGGGUGGCACGUGUGCUGGUGGAACUGGGAGCGACUGUGCAACAGAUCUCCAGCCCAGACCUGCGCUCGCCACUGCAUGUUGCAGCUGAGACAGGCCACACAAGCACUGCACGCCUGCUGCUGAAGCAUGGUGCUGAUGUCCAAGGUCGAACAGCUCAGGGCUGCACUGCCUUGCAUUUAGCAGCUCAGCGUGGUCACUUGGCGACAGUUAAAAUGCUCCUGGAGGAGGGUGCUAAUGUUCGAAGCACCAACCGCGCCCUGCGUACAGCAUGCCAUUUGGCAGCUGAAGGUGGUCAUUGCCAAGUGGUCAAUGAGCUGCUGGAGAGGUGGCCUGAGGUGGUUGCAAUGCAGGACGAGGACGGGUUAACACCAUUGCAUCUAGCCUUGCGGAGUGGACACAUGGACAUCACACGCCUCCUGCUGAGCCAUGGAAACACAGAGGCUGAUAUUUUGCAGCCUGAACUCAAGACUUUAAACACUAACACAGUUGAAAGGUUACACAGGAAAGUACUGAUCCUAAAAUUAACAGAGCCAAAGAGCAACAGUUCAACACAGGACUCAGCAGACACACAGUUGCCAUCUGCACAUUAGAAACACUAGCACAAAGACCUGACAGAUUUAAUGGUGUUAAUGACUGUCAUGUUGUUCUAUAAAUUAUGGACUGUUUGGUAAAGAGACCUUUAUCUAUCUAUUUCUGGUUUGUGUAUAUAAUGUAAUUAAGUAGUUGGGGCCCUCUGAAUUUAAUUACCUCUUCGAUAUUUUAAUUCUGGACUUUUUGGGCUCUUUCAAACUUUUCUAGCAGUUAAGAAAUAUAUAUUACUGACAAGAAAGAGAAUGAUGUGUAUAUACAACACUGUACAUAUAAACUGGACUGAUUUUUGCUAUGCCCUCUUUAGCAUGAACCUAUUGUCCAGUUGAUAUUUUUACACUUAUUUGAUAAUUGUUAAAGUAUUGUUUUUUCUCAAUAUCAUGAAUUUGUCUUUCAUGUUUGUAGCCAUAAUUAAAAAAAAAUUAAAUUAAAAAAAUGUAUACUUAAACAUAAAAUCAUUGUUUAAAAUCAUCAAAUUGUGAGUACCUGCAUUCUGUUACCCUAGCCCAGUGCCUGAAUCCUGGCAGUGCUUCAAGCCUAUUUUAAAUCUACAAGGCUAAUUAUAUCUUUUAAUACCUCUGGACAGAUGACAGACAGAAGAGUAUUUAAAACCACUUGGCUCCCACCAUGGGAACAAGGCCUGAGGGGGAUCGCAGGUGAUGUGUGGGUGGGGAGUGUAAUGGGGGCGGUAGCUGUACAUUGUGAAUACCACCAUGUCAAGCCUGUUGGCCAAUUCCUGAGACCACCUUAUCUUUUCAUCACUUUGUAAAAGCAAGGCACCAUGCCUUACUGACGCCAUGAGCAGCAGAGCUUUCACAACCAACAAUUUGUGCAAAAAGGAACUGCGGCAUGUUACCUUCCUUGGUAUUCAUAUCCUCUUUUUGUGGGGAACCACUGAAUUUAAUUACUGUUGAACUUUGUGUGAUAUCAGUGUGUGUGUGUGUGUGUAUGCACAGAUAUUAUUUUGUCACAUUCAUUUGUAUUUGGAGAAAAACAUAUUUGUAUACAGAAUUAAAUACCUAAAGUGUU